AUUGCUAAAGUUAUUAUUCUUUUUUCUUUUUUUCGUUCGAUGAUUUCUGUGGCUCGAUUUGGUCGCUUGAACCCGAUAUAUAUAGCUGUGCCUAUAUUUUUCUUUGAUAUUUCUUGCAUGGAACAUGCUUCAUAAAGUCAAAAGGGGGUUUCACAGUAACUAUAUGAUUUUGUGCUCAAAAAACAGCAAUUGGGUUCCUCAUUAAGCUGUCUUUUAUGAGUCGAGAGGAACUAUAAGAGCAACAAGCAGAGGUUUCAAGAAUGGCAAAUUACUAUGACAUCGAUGAUAUUAUUACUCAGGAAGAGUUUGUCUCAGUCAUAUUCCAGAAGGCAGCAGGUGGAGUGGGAAUUGAUCCCAGUUCUGAAACUGACUCUGUUGAAGUGGGAUCAAAGGUAGAGCUACCUUUCUGGCUUGCUCAUGAAUUACAACUGAGACAAGCUGUAUCAAUGAAUGUCCCCGCUUGUUUCAAUCAAAAGACAAGGCUGGAAAUCCAGGCUGAUUCUGCAUGUGUGGAUCUGAGAUCUCGAAGUCCAUACUUCUAUGAAUUUGGAUGCAAGAUAGCACCACUGGUUGCUGAUAGAACCAUUGGACCUUUGCUCUUAUCUGCAUUUAAGAGCAGGUACAAGGAAGUCCUCACCAAGGCACACACUGCAGCAUACCCAGCGGCUUCCAAACACUUGACAAUUUUGACAAAAGAAGAAACCCAUUUGUAUGAGGCAGCUCAAUCCUCAAUGGCAGCCUUUAAGAAGUGGCGGAUGGGUGGCCCCAGAUUUCAGAGAGCUUCCAUUCUAGGAAGGAAGAGAAAAUCAAAUGAGUAGUCGCUAAACUUUAUGAUUAAUCUCCAUCACAAUGUAGGGCCUUGUCUGUAAGUGUACGAGAUUGGUGCAUAAAAGUAAUGCCCCCUGUCUAUGAAGUUUUGUAUUGAGUAUUAAUUAUGAAAACAGUCAAAUUCAGUGUAUCAAUGCUUUAUUAAUUAACCAAAGAGCCUAAAGAAGUAUUCACACACCA